CCUUCCGCCACCUUUUCGUGUCCUAUCUGGCGAUAACUAUUAAGUUCUGUAUCGGAGCCGUGAUUUAUGGUCUCGGGGGGGGGUCCUGCUUUCUUUUUCCUUUUAUCACCAUCACCAUACCGGUAGACUAUCUCCCUCUCCCCCUUCAUCUGACUCUGUCUGCGGCAUCUGCGUGGCUCGUGUACUCAACGGGCCUAGAAACUGGGAACUCUAUCAUAUCAUAAUACAAUUGACGCUGGUUUUGUCAGGUUACAAACUUGCGGCUGAUACCGGCACCAGCUACAUAACCCUGGAGUUCGUUGCCCCACCCGGCCCCUUGUCCACCCCCCUGCUCAGUCGACAUCAUCCCGAUCCUUAAACCCCCUCCUCUUCCUUCUCCAAGCUUCAAACUCACCCCACACCACUAGCCUACAACAAACGAGAACGCUCAUCCGUUCCGUUCCUCCUUUCGGUAGUCGCUUGACUUGAUAUUGCGGCCCCCUCUGCUUCUGCACAAACAAACUCAACUACACCCCUCUUUCCACCCUCCCACGAGUUUAACUCCGGAGAGCACAAAUUAGCCAUGUCUUCGAACCAAAGCCAUCCUGCCGAGCGGGAAUUAGUUUAUUGCCACGCCUGCGCAGAGGAAUGGUAUAGAGAUGAGCAUGGCUUGGUUUGCCCGCGCCCAAACUGUGGUAGCGAUGUUGUCGAGAUCGCAAGCUUCCCGUCCCCUUUGUCCUGGUUCUUCUUCCCUGAUGGGGGCCAUCAUUGUACUAAUUAUUAAUCUACGCCUUGCAGAUUGAAAGAAAUAACGAUCCCCGGGUGGGUCGAGGUGGAUUCGCUUUUCAUCACGCACUUGAUGAUGCUGACGAUGAUGACGACGACGAUGAUCACAGACACCGUACCAAUGCCACUUUAUUUCGUUUUGAUGGCCCGGGCUUGAGGGUCACCUCUACACAGCGGAGUUUCCGAGGCCCUCGUAGUUCCGACCAGCCGCCAAGGCAGGGUUCGGCGGGCUCAACGGGCUUGGACGAUGAUAUCCCGCUAGUUGCUACGGAGGAUAUGGUGAAUAUGUUCACGAACAUCAUUCAGACACUGGUUGGUCCUGUGACAUCACCUGGUCAGCCGCCACAUCGGCCAGGUGGGGGUGGAUCGCCACAGUCACACGGGGCUGAUGAACAUAACCACACCCAUUCUCAUGCACAUGCCCACGCACAUGCUCAUAUGUUUGGCCCCGCGGGGCUCAGUGGCUCGGAGAGAUUCUUCUAUGAUUCUGGUGCUAGAUUGAGCCCGAGAGAUGCAGAUGCGCCGCAACCGGCAGGGGAGCCGCGAGUGGUGGACUUGACAGCGAUUCUCAGUUUACUUGGACCUAGGCAGGAGGGGGGUGGGCCUGCACUUGGUCCCGGCCCGGGCGGUUUGCUUGCUCGAUUAAUGGGAAUGCCCCCCGGCGCAGAGGGUGACUUUGUCUAUUCUCAGGCGCAGCUUGACCGAGUGCUUUCACAACUCAUGGAGCAACACCAAGGAAAUGCUCCACCUCCAGCUUCGAGAGAGGCCAUAGAGUCUCUGCCUAAAGUUAAGGUCACUCACCAAAUGGUAUUAGACGGGGACGACUGCGCAAUCUGCAAGGAAGACCUUGUUAUUAAUGAAGAGGUCUCGCAAUUACCAUGUAAACAUUGCUACCACUUCCAAUGCGUCUCGAGAUGGCUAGAAGAGCAUGAUACUUGCCCUAUAUGCAGGCAUCCAAUUACACCAGAAGAUCCACGACAACAGCCACAGUCACCAAAUGCGCAACAGCCCCGACCAGCUGUAUGGCCAUUUAACACUUCUUUACGCCCGCCGAACGAGUCACAAUCACCUGGUGGUUCUUCCUCCCCCAGCAAUGGCGGCAACAGUGGUUCUAGAAGUAGCGGUGGAAGCAGACUUGCGGACCUGUUUAGGCGAGGCUAGGGAGCGGGUGGUGGGGAGCUUUUUUUUUCUUCGAAAAAAAAAUUAGGCGAACUGUGGGAGUCAGGUUUCAUCGAUUUUUCCCCUUCUCCAUCCUCCUUCCUGAGUCGAUUUUUACCUCUUCCUCUGCGUUACCUUUUCGCUGUUUCGGUUCUCGACUGAAACCCUGUCCUGAUCAAGUAAUCCUGUAAAAAAAAUCAAUUCUGCUCUGUGGGUGAUUCUUUUUCUUUUCUCCUUUCUCCUUUCUCCUUUUCGUUAUAUCUAUCUAAGCUAGGGAUCGCAUUCUUUCUCUUAUUCUAUUUUAUUGUCUCGUUGCUUCUCGUUCAACGAUAGAGGUUUACCUUUUUGUAACCCUAGGAUCUGAAAUACUGAAAUUAACUUGCUGGUAUGGGGAUAUCUACGGCAGGGUGUCUAUGGGCAAAUUAUUUUCGGUGGCUUUUUUUGUGUUUAGCCUUGAUAAUUUGCUGGCUUGGGUUGUGUGUCUUCGAAAUCAAGGAGAUUUAAUGGUGCUUCUGUGUCAAUUCUUGUUUUUCUUUAGAAUAUGUAUUGCGUGCGGGUUCUGAAGAUAGUGGUAAGCGGCAGUCGGAGCAUGGAUAUCGUAGUCAAUUUUUCUUCCCAAUAAUAAGGUUAAUACAAG